AUGGCGGCUUUACGGCCGUGUCGUCAUAACAACGGGACGGGGCUCGGCGGGGAACGCGCCCGCCGCGCGGGGGUUCCGGGCGCCGGCGGGCGGUGUCGGGGCACGGUCCCUCCGCUCCCCCCGGUGAUGGCCGGGCCCCGAGCCCCGGCGGAGCGGAGCCCGGGCAGUUCCCGACGAGUUACCGCGGAGUUGCCUAACGCGUUACCGAACGAGCCCCGGCGCGCCCUGGCCAAUAGCAGCGCGCGGGGGGCGGGCCCUCGCGCCGAGCGGCCAAUGAGAGCGCAGCGCGCCGGGCGCCAUCGGCGGCGACGUGCGGGAGGACGGAGGGGACACCGGGCGCCGGCUCCCGGCGGGGCGGGCGUGGCCGCCGGCAGCGCCGCCCAAUGGGGACGCGGUCCCGGCGCGGCGGCGGCGCUGGGCCGGCUGGCGGCGGCGGGCAAGCGGCUGUGCUACGUGACCAACAACAGCGGGCGGACGCGCGCGGCCUACACCGAGAAGCUGCGGCGCCUCGGCUUCCCGCCCGCCGAGCCCCGGCACAUCUUCAGCUCGGCCUUCUGCGCCGCCCGCUACCUGCGGCAGGCGCUGCCGCCCGGCGCCGCCGCCUACGUGCUGGGCAGCGCCGCGCUCGCCGCCGAGCUGGAGGCCGUGGGCAUCCCGCACCUCGGGCCCGGGCCCGCCGCCCUGCCCGGCCCCGCGCCCGCCGACUGGCUGCAGGCGCCGCUGGACCCCGCCGUGCGCGCCGUGCUGGUGGGCUUCGACGAGCACUUCAGCUACGCCAAGCUGUGCCAGGCGCUGCGGUACCUGCUGCGCGGCGGCCCCGACUGCCUCCUGGUCGGCACCAACCGCGACCACCGGCUGCCGCUCGAGGGCGGCGCCGGCAUCCCCGGGACGGGGUGCCUGGUGAAGGCCGUGGAGACGGCGGCGCAGCGCGAGGCGUUCAUCGUGGGCAAGCCCAACCGCUUCAUGUUCGACUGCGUGGCCGGGGAGUUCCAGGUGGACCCCGCGCGCACCAUCAUGGUGGGGGACCGGCUGGACACGGACAUCCUGAUGGGCAACAGCUGCGGCCUCACCACGCUGCUCACCCUGACCGGGGUGACGGCGCUGGACGAGGUGCGGGGCCACCAGGACAGCGGCUGUCCUGCCAGGCACAGCCUGGUCCCUGACUACUACGUCGACAGCAUCGCCGACCUGCUCCCGGCCCUGGGGGAGUAACGGGGCCCGGGGGCAGCCCGGGCAGCAGCCCCGUGGCAGUAACGUACACGCUAGGUGCUCCCGGGGUUAGAACCCUUAGCUUGUCUCCUCGCUGUCCUCUCGGUAUGGUUCUGUUUACAUCUCAGUCUGAAAUGCACUUUGAACAAAGGGGGCAUUGCAGGGGCUGGGGCUUGCGGCUGGGUUUAGUUGUGAUGCAGCGCUGCAGUGCAGCUGUAAGGCAUCGCUGCAGUGCAAUUGUAAUGCAUCAAUGCAGUGCAGCUGUAAGGCAUCGCUGCAGUGCAGCUGUAGUGCAUCGAUGCAGUGCAGUCAUACUACAUCGAUGCAGUGCAGUUGUAAUGCAUCGAUGCAGUGCAGUUGUAGUGCAUCGCUGCAGUGCAGUUGCAAUGCAUCGAUGCAGUGCAGUUGUAAUGCAUCGCUGCAGUGCAGCUGUAAUGGUGGUGCUGCACGGCUCCUCUGCGCUGAGCUGGGGAGCUGGAGCUGCUUGGUCUGAGGGGAAGGAUCAUGUCCUGGCUCAGCCCGGUCUGUUCAGGGAAACGACUCUUGGGAUGUGCAGCAGCUCUGGUUGUGGUUGGAAAUCCUUGUGGAGCUGGUGUUUGCCCUGUGGGUGACUCUUUUUCCCAGCUGGGGCCCUGUUGAGGGGCACAGCCCCACGUCAGGUCACACAAAUUCAUCUCCUUCGUUUGACCACUGCACGUUGCACUUGUGAUGCAGAUUGGGAUGAUCCCACACAAUUGCAGACCUUGGCUGCUGCACACAGUGUCUGUCCAAGGUCGAGAGUCUGUAAAGCACAUGUACACACUGGCACUCCCUGAGCAUAAAGUUAGAAUAUAUUUAAAUUAUAAAUAGAGUCUAUGAUAAUAUACCUUGUUUCCCAGGAGGGAGGAUGAGAGGAAUGUAUUUCACUGAUUUAAUUCUCUAAACCGUUGCAUUUGGUAAUGCAGAGAGUCUCUAGCCACACAGGACUGUCCCUCAUUCCUGCUGCUGCUUCCCAGAAAUCCCUGGAUCAAUGCAGACCAAGCUCCUGCACUUCCCUCAGCAUCAACGAGCCACUUGCUUUGGCUUUAGCUGCACAAUCCCAGUUCCUGCUCAGUCCGUGAUGGAUGUAGUGCCCAGGAGAGCUGUCCACAGGGAGCCCUGUGGCUGCUGGCUGUGUGUGACAAUAGCUCGUGCUUCCUUCCCAUCCCUGAGGUUCAGAUCUUCCGCGUGUGCCGGCAGGGGCCGGGCACGGUGGGUGGUGAGGAGUGCUGGCUUGCUCAGGGACGAUUCCUUUUGAUCUCCAGGUGGGAUUGGGCAAUGAGGGGCUCACCACAGGGUGGUUUUUGUGCUGCCCGAAUCCCACAGUGAAAGCUUUUGCAUUGCAGAAUUAAUUGAAAAUUAUAUAUGCAAAUAACACGCUUUUAUUGCAUAGAUUCCAGUAUCUCCAGUUCAAUUUAAGCACUGGUUUUCCUUCCUGUCCAGCUGAGGAGCUCGGGCAGUGCUGAUGCCAUUUCCUGCCUGGUAACUUGUCACCUUCUUUGUACAGCAAUAACCCUGCAGUCCAGAGGGUCUCUGUGUUCCCAGAGCACUGGCUGAACCUCUGGAAGACUGUUUGUCAUGUGGAGGUGUGGAAGAAGUGUGGAUAAUCUCUUCUGCAAAGUGCCAGAGGCAGAGCUGACCCUUGCUCUGGGUAACAUGGAGAUGGACAUUGUGGGCUCACUGCAGGCCGUGUCUGGUGUAGCAGUGUGGGUUUGGAUUCAGUCUCUGUUUCUGGUGGUGCUUUUUGUGUCAGGAUGUGUCAGGAGAAGGCCAGCAGAGAGUCCAGCAUCCCUCAGGCAGUCUGUCCCUGCCGAGGGCUCUCGCUGGCAAGGGAGCCAUUGCCUGGGCUCAGGGAUGCUGGAAUGUGCUGGUGGCGGUGUCAAUCGUGCUUCAAAUCUCUGUUCUGACUUCCAAACAGUUCUUAAUCCUCUACUUGAAUUCCCAUUAAACUCUCAAACCUGCUCUCCCCA